AAAGAAAAAUCAGCCACAUUGUCCGACGAACGAUCCAAUGAUGGACAACAGAAAACAAAGAGCCGGGCACUGCACAUCGAAUGCAGCCUUGUGAGAACCUAAAGUGAUCUUACGAGCACCGUACGAUGCUCUGACCUGGCCUUUCGCCUCAAAGUGUCUCGGCUUGCAUCUCUUGCCGUACAGCCAUUGUUCGUAGCUGGACCGUCGUGAAUUACGCCGGUCACAAUGAUUCAGCAUCAAUUAUAUAUAGUGUCUGGGCCAAAGCUGUCCAGUCUAUUGUUUUGUCUCGUAUGGGUUACCCAUCAUUUUGUGCCCUCAGCCUAUCAUAAACACUCUGGGGUCCAUAUCAUGAAGAUUCUGGCGACUCUUUCUCCAGUAACUGAUCAGCGAUCUCUCAUCCCCAAUGCACAAAUUGGCGAUAUGAUUAUUGGCUCGCGAGCCCCGAAAGAACCUUCAACGGCCAAGUGUCCGUCGUUGACCGAAUUGAUGUCAUUGCUGAAACCUCAACCCCUGCGUAGCCCACCGCCUGCUGCCAUCCCGCGUCAAUCAGCUGCAACGCAGUCGCGUACCUGGCCGUUUGGAUGAUGGGUGGUUCCUCCGGAAUGGCCAUCCGCAAGUUGCAUCCCUGCAGUCGACCUCGCACGGAUUUUUUGAACCCACGUCGUGCUUGCGA